AUGUCGAACGUAUCAUCCACCCUUCCACCUGAUUUGUUCGACCAGACAACACUCAUUUCCCUUGCUGCGACUGUCGUUCUCCUGGCUAUCGCCAUCGCCGUCUCCCGACGCGUACUUCAUGCCUCAACCUCGACGAGCUACCGCGUCCUCUUCAUCUGGCAUGCUUUCGAUGCCCUGAUCCAUUUUUUUCUUGAGGGCAGUUUUCUUUACCACUGCUUCUUCACUUACACUCACGUUGCCGACAUUCCCGACGCCGAUCUUUCCGGAUAUCACCCGACCCCCGCCAACUUCCUUGGCUACUCGGAUCGUAUUUAUGGCGCCCAGGCGGGUGGAGAUAACCCCUUUGCUCAGUUAUGGAUGGUAUAUGCCCGGGCUGAUAAGAGAUGGGCGGGUGUAGAUUUGGGCGUGGUUUCCCUGGAGCUGUUGACCGUCUUCGGUGCUGGCCCACUAGCUGUAUGGAUCUGCUAUUGCAUCGCCAAGCGUGACCCCAGGGUCAACAUCUGGAUGAUCAUCAUUGCGACCGCGGAGCUUUACGGAGGAUUUAUGACCUUCUGCCCCGAGUGGCUGACCGGCAACAUCAACCUCGACACAAGCAACUUCAUGUACAUGUGGGUGUACCUGGUAUUUUUCAACAUGCUCUGGGUCUUCAUCCCCCUCUACGCGAUCUAUGUUGCGUUCGGCGAGAUCUCGGCUGCUUUCAAGGCCCAGGGUGCGAGAAAGAACCUCUAA